CAACAGCACUUCCUCCUCUCACAGAAGGAGCGGUGGUUUGAACCUGAACAAACUGACCGUGGAUCAGAUAUCACUGACAUUUAUCAGCUGCUGUCCCUGAGUUGAAAGAAUAAAAGCCGACCACAGAUCAGCUGUUGCUCAUACAUGUGAGCUCUGAAGAGGACGACUAUCAGCAGCGAACCGCGAGACUAAAAUGAAGGACACUUCAGUGGGUGAGCGGCCAUGGUGCUGUCUGACCUCCCUCUCCCCUUCAUCCUUCUCUUCCUCUCUCCCAUCCUGUGCACAUCUCUGUCACAAACCUCCACCCAUGGAGUUGACCUCCCUGACAGCCCCCUGCCUGCUGUGGCUGCAGCAGGACCGAUCCUGCAGGACCAGCCCUUCGUUGUGGUGUGGAACAUGCCCACGGCACGGUGUCAAAAAAGCUACAAUGUCCACCUGGACCUGGGAGACUUCGAUAUUGUGGAGAACCGACAGCAGCGCUUCCAGGGACAGAAAAUGUCCAUCUUUUACCGUGACCGCUUGGGAAAAUAUCCAUACCUCUCGAAAGACAACAGAAAGGUGAACGGAGGAAUACCGCAGCUUGGCGACCUCUCAGCUCACCUUUCCCUUGCAGUGACGCAGAUGUCCAGCCUGCUGCAGCCAGACUUCACCGGCUUAGCCGUUAUCGACUGGGAAGAGUGGCACCCACUGUGGGAGAGAAACUUUGGAACCAAGAUGGAGUACCGGCGGCUGUCCAAGCUGCUGGUGAGACAGGAGAGACCGGAUUUGUCAGAGAGUGCCAUGACAUCAUUGGCAAGGCAAAGGUUUGAAAAGGGCGCUCGUAAGUUCAUGGAGGAGACGCUGCAGUUGGCGGUCAGAGAUCAUCCAAAAGGACUCUGGGGGUUUUAUGGGUUUCCUGCCUGCUUUAAUAAGCAUAAAAGAAAUACAGAUAAAAGCUACACAGGACGCUGCCACAGGGGGACCAAAAAGCAAAAUGACCGACUGUCCUGGCUCUGGUUUCAAUCCACCACUCUCUAUCCUAGCAUCUACCUGCCACAAAGGCUGGCAGGAUCCAUGGAUGCAGCUUGGAUGGUCAGACACAGACUGCUGGAAGCUUUGAGGGUGGCGUCAGUUUGGCGCCAUGGCAACAAUACCAGUCAUGCCACACCAGUCAUUCCCUACGCCAGGCUAGCAUUCACACACACUCUCACCUUUCUUAAUAAGACGGACCUGAUGCACACACUGGGAGAGAGUGCGGCACUGGGAGCUGCUGGAGUGGUGCUGUGGGGAGAGAUGAAAUUUGCCAAAUCUAGGCAUCAGUGCAUCCUUCUCAGAAACUACAUACACACUGUGUUGGGUCCCUUCGUCCAGUCGCUGAGGUCUGACACCCAGCACUGCAGCCUCCAACUUUGCCAAGGCAAUGGCCGCUGCACCAGGCGCAACCCUGGCUCUAGUCACAUGGUCUCCUCAGCUAAUGAAAUCAGCAAACCUCUUCACAACCACUUCAUGUGUCAGUGCUACCCAGGCUGGACUGGGCAGGAGUGUCAAGAGAAGAAGGAUGAAAACAGACAAAAGAACAAGUUACCCAGCGUUCAUGGAAGACCAUGGACAUUUUCAGGAAUGUGAGGAGUCCACGUCAUUAAAGCUCCUAAUGUAAUGUAACUAAACAAAUCAAAUUUAAUAAAUAUGUGAAUUUCCCCUGGAAGCAUUUUCUAAAGCUUGCCCAUCGCAAGAGGAUCUAGUUUUAACUGGGGUGAACAGUAUCUUUGUGCUAAACGAAAUAUAAAAUAAAAUCUGUGUGGAAAUCA